UGAAACACUUCAUACGUUCAAAGCCAAAAACGGUAGAAAUUAUGUGAUAUUAAUCGCGUUGUUUGGCCUAUUUUCACAGGGCACGUUGAAAGAAUAGAAUCAAGGAAUAAGUCAUCGAGCGCAACAAGACUCUUAUCGUUUCGCUUAGUCAUCGUGAUUGUAAAACUCACGGUUUUCAAAGAAUCAUAGAAUUAUCUUUACUCUAAGAAAGAAGUCACCUCUUAGUUUGUGGUGAUGCAGCAUGGUAGAUUGGCAAAAUGAAUAAAUUUUAGCUUAUGUUUAUGCUCAGAAGAUGAAGAUUGACAGAAGUAAACUGCGCAAAACGCAGUCCGACGUGGCACCUGAGUGCAAACAGCUUAUUCAAAGGUUGAAGGAAGCCAGCGAUUGCGAGUUAAUUCGAAUUCUCAAAGACAUCAAUACCUGGUACUAUGGAAAGUGUGAGCUUCAACACUGGGUAGAUGUUAUGGACAAGUUUGAUGAAAUCUUGGCAAGUGUUGCUAAACCAGUUAAUGGUAGCUCUUGGAUUCUAACUUAUGACAAGCUGGAUCAACUUGAGGGACCAGAUAUAGCAAUUGAACGUCGGUGCUUGGUAAACCACGUGUUGAGAUUCACAGCUCUGGUGUUGGAACACUCAUACACAAGACAUCUGUAUAGCUCAUCAGAGCAUCUGGUUUCACUGUUGGUUGCAAGUGACAUGGAAGUUGUUUUGUCAGUUCUUGGAGUACUUUAUGUUUUUAGUAAAAGAUCUAGCUUUAUACCACGGUUACCUGCUGAGAAAAGGAAAGCAAUUCAACAGCGUCUUCAAUGCCUAGGAGAGACAUGGGGAGGCAAGAAUGCAGGGUUCAGUCUGGCCCACUGUUGCGAGGAUUUGCCUCCAAAGGAUUUUCCUGCCAGCUGUGCCGACGUUUAUUUUGAGUAUUACAAUGAAACCCCAAACACCUCACAACCUGAUUCACAGGCCCAAACCUCAAGUAGCCAGUUGACUUCAGUACAUGUCAAGCAACUUUACCAGUUUUCAGAGAAUCCAGGAGAGGUUAUGGAACAGGUCUUGGGUUGUUACAGUGUUCCUGCUGACAAACAGGUAAAUCUGUUCAGUAGAAUACGACUAGCUAAACAUUUUCCUGUAUAUGAGAAGAGAUUGCAGUGUAUCCAGGCUCGACUCCAAGCCAUCUCUGUGUUAUUGUAUUCCAACAGCACCCAGGAUGUUGUAAACCCAUUGCUAUAUCAGGGAUUUAUUGAGGAAACCGUAGAAUUACUUGAGUUGGAGCAGACACAAUUCUGUGAAAUAAGAACAGCAGCUAUCCGUACUCUUACUGCCCUGGUACACAUGGAGUGCAGUCCAAGAGUGAACACUGUGAUUGACUGCACAGGGCUGGCAUCUUAUCAUGGAUUCUUACCUACACUUACGAGAAACUGCAUCCAAGCUCUUACAGAUCCACACGGUGAUUCCCUACCCUUACCAUUUGCAACUGGUUUGUUUUCAUUUCUUUACCACUUGGCAUACUAUGAAAUUGGUGCUGAAGCAUUGGUGUCCUGUGGUUUGUUAGAAGCUCUUCUUAGAGUUGUGGAACACCAAGGAGGAGACAGUCAUUUGACAUUUGUCACAAGAGCAAUUCGUAUUAUGGAGUGGAUUGCCAACAUGGACUUGUCCGGUUACCAGAAUCAGAGUGGGCUGACUGCCAUUAUAAGCAGACUAGAGCAAGAAAUAAAGAAAUGUCUGUCCCAUCAUGGACCCAUACUGUCUCCAGAACUCCCCUCUGUACCUUCCAACCAACAAGAGGGUGUUGCCAUGGAAACAAAUGAUAUGCAGGGAACCCAGUCUGAUGCUCCUUCACAGCCACACCAAUCAGAAGAGGUGCCAAUGGAAACAGAGCAGCCAUAUGUCAACAGUACAGGAGUCACAGAUGAUAACAAAAUGGAUGUGGAUGAACAUGACUCGGGCAAAGAAAAGUCACAGGUUGAAUCAGCAGUUGCAGGCCCCAGCUCAGGAACAAGUCCUGUCAGCAAGAACCGCUGCUUGCCUCAGAGAGCUGCAUUGAUUAAAGCUGUUCUGAGCUUCUUAAAGAAAUCUAUUCCUGAUCCAUCUUUCUCAGAGAGUAUUAGAAAUGUAAUGGACAGCUCACUUCCAACAUCGCUGAAGCACAUCAUUAGCAAUGUGGAGUAUUAUGGCCCUGUUCUCUUCAUGGCAGCUAUCGAUGUUGUGACUGUAUAUGUUUUCCAUGAGCCAUCACUUCUGUCCUCUCUCCAAGACAAUGGCUUGACUGCAGUUAUGCUGAAGGCUUUGGUAGUAAAAGAGGUUCCAGCCACAAGGGAAGUUCUUUCAUCACUACCAAGUGUGCUCAGUGCUCUUUGUUUGAAUACCAGAGGACUCCAAGCUUUUAUGAGCUGCAAGCCUUUUGACAAGUUGUUCAGAGUCCUGCUUUCUCCCGACUACCUUCCAGCAAUGAGGCGUAGAAGAACCUCUGAAAGCCUAGGGGAAACUGCUUCCAACCUUGGCACAGCAAUGGAUGAACUAAUGAGACAUCAACCCACUCUAAAAACAGAUGCCAUGAUGGCCAUCAUUAAGUUGUUGCAAGAGGUUUGUAGUCUUGGUCGAGACCCCAAGUACAUUGGCUUUAAGAUGGGUGCUAAACCUGAUGGUAGUGAUACAGAUAACAGUAGUACACUGGGACAAGGAACUGGGCGUGUGGCUGUUGUGAAUGAGGAGCCUAUGUCAGAUGAAGAGGAGGAUGAUGACGAUCGAUUCAGCUUUACAAGCACCACCACUGCUGCCAAAGUUGUGACAGAAAACGAUAAAAUCAAGGAUAACUCAAAGACUACAGAAGAAGAAAAAAGAACAUUCAUUCCUCUCAUUGACUACAUUCUGAAUGUGGUUAGAUUCGUGGACUCAAUCCUUAGCAAUAAUUCAACUGAUGAUCACUGCAGAGAGUUUGUUCGUCUUGGAGGUCUGGAUCCCUUGAUCAACAUUCUUGGUCUGCCAAACCUGCCUCUGGACUUUGUGACCUCCCCUGCCUGUCAAUCCGUUUCAGGCGUGUGCAAAUCCAUCUUGAUGUUAUCACAUGAAUCUCAAGUGUUAAAACAAGGUCUGACUCUGCUCAAUGACGUGCUCAGUUCUCUGCAGCCUCUGAUUUUAAGGUCAGACGAAUCACCAGUAUCCAUUCUGCUGCAUGAAGUGGCCUGUUCGGGUCGACCACAACAGGCUAUGGCGUCAGUGCAGCUAACUCCACUUCUACAUGGAAUAGCAGCCGCGCAUGCAUUCAUCAGUAUGUUCCUUCAUGUUUGUAAAGUUGGUCAGUUUGAUAUCCGCACUUUGUGCAUCAAUCACUGGGGUUCUGAUGAAGGAAUCACUGUUCUAAAGCAACUCGGUCAGUUAUACAUGUUCCUUAUCUGGGAAACGAUUGUCUUGGAAACUGUUAGCCGCUCAGAUACCUCAUCGGAUGAAACAAAGGUUUUUGACAAAGAUCUGGAGAUGCUAAAAGCUUCAACUUCAGCAAGUCAGGAAGAACCUUCAGGGCAAACCUCGGAAGGCAGUACAGUGAUAACAGUUACAAACGACAAGCCAACAAGUGGUGAAGCCAACGCCGCAAAGUCGAAUCUUCUUCCUGUGCAGCAAAGAAUAAUAAAACAACUUCUUCAGACAUCAACUGCUCUUGGUCGUGCUUUGUCAGACCUGUUUGUCCUCCUUGUGAAACUCUGUGUGGGAUCUGCUCAGAGGAUGCAGCGUCGAACGCCACAUCUAGCAACGCCAACCCCACCAGCUUAUCUCGUGGCUCUGGAGCUCAGCAAACUUUUAAAGGAUGCUUUGUCCUGGCAAGGAUUUCCCAGUGAUAUUCCAGCGCUCAAACCAAGGUUGCACUUCUAUAUGUGUGUAGUCGGCUCUGCUUCACGCCUUCUGUUUGACGAAAAGAAGAACCCUUACCAUCUGAUGCUGCAACAAUUUGAUAAGUCUGGAGCACACGGCAGUCUUUUCUCGUUGCUGAAGCUAAUACUUAAGGAGAGUAGCAAUGCCCCUCCCAGUGAAAGUAAUACUGAAACUCUUCAAGCCGGUGCUCAGGAGCUGCUGGACUCAUGGUUGACCCUAGUCAGUAGACUUGCGAAUUCGGAAACCUUGUUGGAUUCCCCGCACAGCCUUCCUGCUACGUCCACUGCGCUAGUUUUUGUGCCUUUCGAACCUAUAAGAUUUCUUGUCAAAACUCAAAAGAAAGCCUUCUUAGCCGUGCAACAACUAUGGGGACAGAAAUUUCCCAUCGAGUAUGGUCCACACAUGGCAGAGUCCUUGUUAGCCAUUUUGUACCACAUCAUCAAGGGGGAAGCUGUCAUUAAAGAGAAGCUUGGGCCUGCGCUCGAAACCUCCUCAGCUUCCAGUAGCGCUGCUGCUUCCUCUGCAACGACACGACAGCCUGCUGAACCAGCUCGGCCUCAGCCGGAGAUAAACGUGCGACAUUUACAGCAGUUCAUAGACAUGGGGUUCACGCAUGAGCAUGCCAGACUUGCGCUGAUGAGUACAGGCAGCCUUGAGGAGGCUACCGAUUACAUCUUAACACACCCACCACCUCCUCCAGCAAGGGAACUUGGUUUGGACUAUGACAUGUUGGAGGAGGAUCAGAUGAUGAGAGCGAUAGCCAUGUCUCUGGGACAGGACAUAACUAAUGCCACCGCCUCUGCUGAAGAUCAGUCUGCUAGUGGUGAACCUGCUGCUACUACUGCCCCAUCCACCACAGCUGCUGCUGAUGCUACCUCCUCUAAGCCAGAGAAGACAGAAGAAACCAAAAAGGUUAAGGAAGAAGACAAAGAGAAAGGAGAUAAUGACGGUGCUGUUCCUCUAGAUAAGACAGUGCUCGAUCAAUUCACUGCUGAUAUGCUGCAAGGGUGUUUGGAGGUGUUGACAGGAAUGCCUGGAACUGUGUACAAAGCGUGUGAUGUUCUGUCUGCUGUGGCUCAACGGAAUGGCAAAGAGUGGAAAGAGAGGACCACGAUGCAUAUUUUAAAGCAGCUCACAACAGACAUUGAAACUGUGUUAAAAUCCUGUGCUAACCAAGGAGCUGAUAGCAAACCGCUUGAGGAACGUAUGUCCAAGAUGAGCAGCAUGUCCGAAUCAGCUCGUUUGUCGUCUCUUCUGCAUCUCUUGUGCCUGCUCUUUGAGGAAAGGAAAUUUCGCUGCGAGGCCAUCGUUGAGACGCAUGGGAUUGUGAAUCCAUUACUUGAGCUACUUGAAUUAUGUCAGACUAAUUUGGUACAAAUCAAGUUGACUGGAAGUACUCCAACAACACCAAUUUGGUUAACUCCACUGCUGCUUCUGUUGGACACCCAUGAAAAAAUGGCGGUCACCACCAAGAGGAAACAACUGCAUGAUAAGUGUACUACGCAUGCCUGGAAAUGGUUUGAUGACCGUAGUGGUCGCUGGUACAACUACAACGUUAACAACAACACAACCAUCGAUGCAGCGUACAGAAAUGGCGAUUCGCGGGUCAGGUUCAUGGCUGGAAGACGGCGUUAUUUGGUGAACUUUUGCACAAUGGUUCAGGUUAAUGAAGACUCCGGUAACAGACGUCCAAUAAUGCUGGAAGCAGUCACCAAUCCAGGUAAUGGUGGUUCAGGAAGCGGCAGAGGUGAAGUGGAGAGCUCUUCAAGCAGCAGCAUUGCUGAUGGUGCUAAGGGAAUUACUGAAGCUCCUCCGACCAGCUCACAGGAAAAGGGAAGCAAGAAAGCGAAGAAAGACAAACAAGAAAAGAGUAGUUCAGAUAAGUUUAAACCUGACAAGACUGAGGAAAUUUUUAUGAAACAUUUAAAUGAUGACCAAAAAGCUCUUAUAAUAAGGUGCUGUACAUGGUUAAUUGGUAUUCCUGUGUCACCAAACACCCUACACGCAGUUCUCAAACUGUGCCUCAGGCUCACUCAAGAGCACAAAUACGCGGUGCAGUUCGUUGAACAAGGAGGAGCAAGAGCCCUUCUUUUACUAACACAGGACUCACAAGUAGCCGGAUUUGGUACGCUGGCAACUCUUCUCCUUCGACACGUAUUGGAAGACGAAGAAAACUUGAAACAUGCCAUGGAAAAAGUUGUGCGGUCCUCGGCCUCGAGCAGUGUCAGUAGUCCUGUCACUGGCGUAAGCCAAAGCUCACCAGGAGCGAAGGAAAUUAAUUAUGUUUUACGAGUUUUAGGACCUGCCGCUUGUCGCAAUGCUGGACUUUUCAAAGAGGUAGCCACAAACUCGCUCCGCUUAGCUAUAACACCGCAAUUACGCCGGACGAUGAUCGAAGCCGGCGACACGAACUUACCCGCGAAUUACGCGCAGAUUGUCAAAGCUGCCGUCGUUGCGAAGCCUUCAAAGCCGCCUCCAGUGGCAAAGCAGGUUCACUGCGUUGUCUACGACUUGUUGAAUGUGUUAUGUGCGUCGGACAACACAACCAGGACAAUGGAUAGGGGAAUACUUAUGGCGCGCUCUGACAGCCAAGUGCUCGGAGAGCUCGGGCGUGCGUUAGGGCAGGUUGGCGACCUGAUCGCUGGCGUGAGUGGCCAGAGUUCUCAGCAGAAUCUGGCGGCUAGGCAGCUUCCAGCGUACACCAGACAGCUGACUGGAGAGGAUGUUGAAGUCGAAGAAAUGGCUCUUGACUCCUCGCAGAACAGCAGUCAAGGUGGUUUACUGCUGAAAGUCGACGAAAAGAAAGAAGAAAACACUAAGGAAGAAAAUAAGGAUUCUAGUAAAGAUGUACAGACUACGUCCAAGCCUCUGUUAUCAAAGUCAUCCAUUUUAAAGCUGUUAGCGGAGCUGGUCAAGUCUUACUCAGGAGUAGCACAGCUUAUCACAGACUAUAGUCAUAAUGCCAAGCUGUCCUCAGCAUCGGAGUAUGAAGGACCAGUGCUAGCCUUCGUUCUGGACCACCUUCUCCCAGCUGGAACAUCAAGUGAUGGCGAAGACACACCAUCGUGCGCUCGCACUCUUCUCGCGACCAUUGCUACCUGCCACCAGGCACCCGAAGCACAGCAGACCCUCAUAGCAGAGAUGAAGGCUUCUCUUGGUCGGGCUUUAAACGUUCCAGAGUCUACAACAAAACACUCCAGACUUCAAGCGAUCUUCACAUUAGUGCAAACCAUGAUCGAGAACGGCCCUCACUCAGCUGCUCAACACGCAGCGUCGCAGCAGCCCAACAAUGUUAUGAAAUUGCUGCUGAAGAAAGGACUAGUGAACGAUUUAGCUCGAGUUCCUCACAGCUUAGACCUGGCCAGCCCGAAUUUUGUGACCACAGUCAACUGCCUGCUGAAGCCUAUGGAGAAGUUAUCUGGUGUGGUGAAUCAGCAGAGUACAGGGGCAACCCCAUCCGUGGCUCCUAAAGACAGAGUUACUGGUGGCGAUCAGCAGACAAGAAGUAGAGAAGGAACAACAACGGAGUCAGAUUCACGACAGGAAUCUUCAAUUGGUCAAUCAACCGGAGGAGCCACUGAACAAGAAGCACAGGAUACCCAACAAUCGACGGACACCACACCUGGGCAAGCUGCCGUGAGUGAAGGUUCCUUAGGAUCUGAUCCUCCACCUGUCAGUACAGCGCCAAGUGCCAAUUCUUGGGGACUUCCUGAAAUCUCCAGCAGGUCAAUUAUUCCCAUGGCUUCAGAAGAGGAACUUGAAGAAUUGCAGGAUAUGGUGGACGAAUUACUGCACUCAGAUAGUAACGAAGGGCAGACGGGGCAAGAUAUGGACAGCGGCAUUAUUGCCGAGCAUGUGAUGACCCGUCGUAUGGCUGACGGCCGCGUGGUGGCGGAAACCACCUAUGUGAUCGACCCCAACACUAGUGACAGCGAUGAUGAUGACGACCACAGCUCUUCCAAUGGCGAGGACAGCGGUGGGGAAGGGGUGGCGGACGACACGGACGAAGAAGAAGGAGAGGAAGAUGGAGAACGAGGAGAUGAUGAUGAAACUAUGGUGAUCACGUUUGAAGAACCUGCUGGUAAUAACGAUGAUGAUGAUCACGAUGAUGAUGAUGACGAAGACGAUGACGACGACGAUGACGAUGAUGAUGACGACGAUGAUGACGAGGAAGAAAUCAACAUAGGGAACAACACAGGAGGUGUUAUUGGUGCGAGAGAGGGUGGAGUGAUAGAGGAAUCUAGUGGGGUUGAUGUGAUGGAGGAAGAGGGAGAGGAAGACGAUGAUGACCAUGAUGAGGAUGAGGACGAGGGUGGCAGUGACAUGGAUGAAGAUGGCGCUGACAUGAUAGGAGACGACUCUUUCAGAAUAUAUGAGGAGGAUGCAGUUUACCUCCCGUUUGAUGAAGGCUCAGGUCGUCAUCUGGAGUUUGUGAGUGGUCCUCAUGGCAACAGGUUUACAGGCACGUUCAUGAUGACUAUGUCCCAGGAUGAUGAACCCGAGACGAUAUCCAGCAUGGCACAGCGACUGUCCCGUGUACACGGUCUCCGCAUGACCCCCAGGCACCACACACAGCAGUCACAGUCGGUCCAUUCAUUGCAUCCUCAAGGCGUGACUCAACCUCCUCUGCCCGCCGUGAUCCAGAAUCUCCUCGGGCCGGAGACUUCCGAUGGGCUGCAGUUUAACACCAGUGCAAGUCACAGAGGCAGGCAUUUGGUUCAAGAUGAGAUUCAAGUUAUAGCAAGAAGCACUGAAGAUGGUGGACCAGAUGAGAUCUUCUUUGAAAACUUCAAUGAAGGUGCUCCGUCUUCUGUGCCAUCUGCUCUAAGUCGUUGGGCUGAAGAAGGCCAGAUUUUGGAUGCACAAGGCGUUCAUUACUGCGUGGCUGCGGUGAAGCCUGAAAUCUUGCCCGUCCUGUUGAAACAUCAAGCUGAGGAGAUCGCCAAAGGAAGGGAGGAAGAGCAGAAGAAGAAGGCAGAUGCUCAGGCAAAAGCUGCUGCUGCCAAGAAGGAGGAGGAAGAGAAGAAGAAGCAGGGUAAAAAGGAGAGUAAUGGAGAGUCAUCCACAGCUGUCGAGGAACAGAGUACAGAAGGAGAGGCAUCGAGUGCAUCUGAAGCGCAGAGUGAAGUGAUGCAGGUUGAGCAACAGCCAGCAGAUACAGCGACAGAGGUGGAAGCUACGCCAUCCGAGCCAACACCCACAGAAGAUGCAUCCAUGCUAAUACGAAUGUACAUGGAUGAAACUUCCACAGAGGCUCCAGCGGCAUCCACUGAUCAAGCUAUGGUAAGGACUUCUACCCCCGUCAGUGAAAGUGAACAACAUCCCUCGUCUGUGUCUCCGGCAGUAGUACCUGCUACACCUGCUAGCUCUGUUGUUCAAGAUAUCAUCAGUGCAGCCACAGCGGAAGCCGCCAGUGUGAGUACUGGAGAGGAGGCUGCUACACCAGCUAUUGGGAGCCAUCUGGGUUCACUUACUGAAGCGGAAAGCACAGAACAAGAGGCUGCAGAGCAAGAGGGUGAUUCUUCUCCCAUGGCUCUUGAAGAAGAAGGGAUGACUACGGCAGCAAGUGCUGACCUUACAGAACCUCCCCAAGCCGUCAUUACCACACCAACAUCAGAGGCAGAAGCAGAAGCUGGGCCUGCAGCAGAUUCGGAGCAGCCGGGCACUAGUGGAGAAGCUGCAGCUUUAACAAUAGAUGGGAUCCCCAUCCCUGACGGAGUCGACCCUUCGUUUCUGGAGGCCCUGCCAGAGGCCAUUCGGCGUGAAGUGCUUGCUGAGCAGUUAGGCCUGCAUCCCCCUCCAGCCUCACAGAGGAACACUGCAGCAGACGAGAAUGAGGGGAGCACUGACCUCAAUGUGAGCCCUGAAUUUCUGGCAGCUUUGCCUCCGGAUGUCCAAGAAGAGGUCCUUCAGCAGCAACGCAUCGAGCAAGAAAGACGGCGCAACCAAACAGCCACUCCUGAGCAAGCUGUUGAUCCGGGCUCUUUCCUUCGUAACCUCGCCCCCUCCUUGAGGCAAACAGUUUUGGCAGACAUCGACGACUCUCUUCUUCCUUUACUACCAACUGACUUAGCCUCCGAGGCCCAGACCCUACGGAGGGAGAUAGAAGCCAGGCAUCACAGGCUGCUUCAGGAGCGUUUUAACUUCGGAAGUGGAGACAGAGCAUCGGCGAUUUCAGCUCUAUUGCGUCACUCCGCCUUGUCACGCCACGGAGGAGGGUCCCAUUUUGCCAGACUGCUUCCCUCGGGUGGUGGGUUAAGUAGCAGGGGUACAGGGUUUUCGAACGGUCCUUCGUACCUCCCUCCUCCAAACCGUAAGAUAGUUGGACGUCAUUUACUGGAUCACGAGGCUCUGGUGUGCCUCCUUGUGCUUCUCUUCGUGGAGGAACCUCGCCUAAAUACUGGACGUUUGCACAAAGUGCUUAGAAAUCUGUGCUAUCACGAGGAAACUCGGACAUGGCUUAUAAGUGCCAUGAUUUCGAUUCUAAGGAGAACUAGCGGGCAAACCUCAGACGGUUCUUGCCCUGUUCCUUGCGGAGAGAGUUCAUCACACGCGGAGGCGUCGUCUUCGUCGAUGUCUGAGCCUGUGAGAACCGAGAGUCCUUGUAGACUCGAUGAGUACUUGCUCACUCGGGAACAGAGUUCUUCUGAUUCUAAAGCGUCAAAGCAACAAUCGUGGCUGUCGUUCGGUGUGCGCACGUCUUUAGGAUCACGGACAAAUGUGUUUGCUAUAAAGCGGCAAGGAAAAGUCGGACAAGAACGCAACACGCUCGUUAGCAUACACCCUCAAGCUUCGCAGUUCGUUUGUAAGCAUGUUCUCGACGCGUUAUUGUUCUUAGCGAAAAGCUUUCCUGCUAGUUUUGCUCCGUUUCAAACGCCCGCAAAAUUGCAUCCGUCGUGUAGUAAAGAUGAUAGUUCGUCGACAGAGGGAAAAGCGGCGGGCUCUGCUUCCCAAGACAGCACAGACUUUUGGGAUAUAUUGCUCAAACUCGAUACCGCUGGAAGCGGAAGAAAAGGGAAAAGUGCAGCAAAGACAAGUGCGAGUCAAAUUAGUUUAUCUGCGACGAAUGAUUCACCUUUAGAGGAGUUUUCUUCGUCGCCUAUUGGACAGCUCUUAGGUGCACUUGAUGAACCUGUCGUACAAGGAAGCGUCGUGGUGACAGACAAGCUUUUGCGAUUGUUAUCAGUAACGUCUGCGGCGCUUCCAGACGUGCCCGUAAAAUCAAGCAGAAAAUUUGAAAGCUGCGAAACUGCGGCUACUGAAGCAGUCCCUGCUGAAACUUCAGCGCAGGCGCCGACAGGAGAACCGGUCACCCAAUCUAUGAAUUCUACAGGAACCGUGACAAAUGUGACCGUGUCAGUUCCAGAGGAUAGUGGGACACCUCAUCACGUGACUGUUGAUACCCCCUGCUCGGAGACUGAGUCAGUGGCUUCGUCGCUUAUCGUCGAACGCUCAUCUGAAGCGGGAGGCGAACCACAUGAGGUGGAAUCACUCGACGGUGGGUCUGUUGACGAGCCGCUGUCCCACCCCAGCGAGACUUCUUCUCAUCCAGGGAUGGUGGAGCCCAUGAUAGUCGAAGUGACACCCCCUCUUGGUCCGCAUGCUCCGGCUUCUAAUGAAGAAAGCUCGCUGCUGACAAUUACGACAGCUACAGUAGAGGCGGAGGCCGCGGGUAAGGAGAUUCCAGACCAGAAAACGUCCAUAGUAAAGGAAGGGGAGUUGCGACUGGUAGUGAACGUCCUUACUUCUGGGAUGUGCUCGGAAGAAGGGCUUGAGGAUGCGACCACACUUCUGCUCCAAGUUUCUCGCCUGAACCCGCAAACUCGUGACAGUGUUUUACAGCUGUUAUUGGAGGGAGCUCGGAGAAUUGGACAGACAUUGCAAGAGAACAUUGCUGUGCUACUGAGUGAAUUGAUUGAACAUAACAGGAAUGCUCCACCGAAGGACGAAUCUGACCUUAAGAAAGGUAAGAGACCGGCCUCUCUAGUACUUCCCAGUGCUCCUCGUAGGCCAACAAGGGGCGGUCACCAAUCUGGCUGGGCGACCAUGCCUGCUGGCUCGAGGGCCAGGCAACAAAAUAGACAAGUGCGGUACGAUCUUCAUCUGCCGUCCAUGCCCGCUCUCACCUGCAAGACUUCCAGUCAGGCGCUGUUACUGAGAGUUCUUAAAGUGAUUCUUCAGCUGAGAGAAGCGGCGAGGAAGACUGCAUCUGGAACGACGUCGGCAAGAACAAGAAGUGCACAGAGGAGGGUCACAGAUGAGAGUUCAGUGGUCCAGCGUCUCGUGCAAGGAUCGCGUGGUUUAGGUGCUGUGAUAGCCGCCAUAGAAAACGAGGCGGAAGCCAUCUUUGAAGCAUUCUCGCACAUGCGUGCUCUACGCUCCGAACACCACGGAGAUCAAGCGAGGGUUGGUGGACCGCGGAAUGAACCGGCACCUCAAGGGGGGAGGAGUCAGGAUGGAAACAGAUCUGACGGGAGUGCCCAGGGGGGAGAAGAUCAUUUACCAGGUGCGUCGACAUCAGGAGGUACAAACGAACCCGACUUACCGCUACUGAGCGAGCAGAUCACCCUGGAAGAGCUGUGGGAGACGUUAGGCGAAUGCUUAGCGGAGUUGGGCCGAACGUCCGACAGUCACGCUGUACUGGUACUGCAACCCGCUGUUGAGGCUUUCUUUCUUGUCCACGGCACAGAAAAACAGGAGAACACCUCGACUCAAAGUCAAGGCGAACAACCGCGCUCCGGUCAUCGAUUAUCGUCUUUGAGCUCAGAAGUGAUGCCUGCCUCCCCCGGGCCUUUAUCACCAGGCCCCUUGAGUCCAAACCGACAGAUGUCAGUCACGUCUGUGACGGCAGAUCUGCCAUCGGACACACAGAAGUUCCUUCGAUUCGCUGAAAAGCACCGUACUGUAUUGAACCAAAUCCUACGUCAAUCCACUGUUCACCUGGCUGAUGGUCCGUUCGCGGUGUUAGUUGAUCAUACACGAGUGCUCGACUUUGACGUCAAACGUCGUUUCUUCCGUCAAGAGCUCGAACGACUCGACGAAGGAAUCCGACGAGACGACCUUACGAUCCACGUCCGACGCGAACACGUGUUCGAAGACUCGUACCGAGAGCUCCACCGGCGAAGCGCAGAGGAGAUGAAGAGCCGACUGUAUGUCGUGUUCGAAGGCGAAGAGGGACAAGAUGCCGGAGGACUUCUGAGAGAAUGGUUCGUGAUCAUGUCCCGGGAGAUGUUCAACCCUAAUUAUGCCCUCUUCACCACCUCCCCAGGGGACAGAGUAACGUAUCAACCCAACGCAAGCUCCAACUGUAACUCCAACCACCUGAGUUACUUUAAAUUCGUCGGCAGGAUCGUGGCGAAGGCGAUUUACGACAACAAGCUGUUGGAUUGUUUCUUCACGCGCUCCUUUUACAAGCACAUCCUGGACAAAGCUGUGCACUUCACGGACUUGGAGUCGUUCGACUACGCUUUGUAUCAGGGUCUGCAUUACUUGUUGGAACACGACAUCAGUGAUAUCGACAUGGAACUCACGUUUAGCACUGAGGUUCACGAAUUCGGUUUGUCAGAAGUCCGCGAAUUGGUAAAAAAUGGCAAGAACAUCGCUGUAACGGAAGAAAACAAGAAAGAGUACGUACAAAGAGUGUGCCAGAUGAAAAUGACCGGAGCAAUCAGGAACCAGCUUGACUCCUUUCUGGAAGGUUUUUACGACAUCAUUCCCAAACGUCUGAUUUCCAUCUUCGACGAACAGGAACUAGAGUUGUUGAUCUCUGGGCUUCCAAACAUUGACUUGGAUGACUUGAAAGCGAACACUGAAUACCACAAAUACACGGAGAACUCAUUACAGAUCCAAUGGUUUUGGAGAGCCUUGCGUUCUUUUGAUCAGGCGGACCGAGCAAAAUUCCUUCAGUUUGUCACAGGGACAAGCAAAGUUCCUUUACAGGGAUUUGGUGCCUUGGAGGGGAUGAAUGGAUUCCAAAAGUUCCAGAUUCAUCGCGACGAUCGGUCCACGGACAGGUUGCCCUCUGCGCACACAUGCUUUAACCAGCUGGAUCUCCCAGCUUAUGAGACGUACGACAAGCUACGGUCCAUGCUCAACAAGGCGGUAGACGAGUGCCCUGAAGGAUUUGGUUUGGCGUAAAACGUACACAAACAGCAGACUUAAAGGCUGAGAUUUUGAAACAUGAACAGGACGAUACACUGUCGAGUUAGGGUUGAGUGUUGCACCUUGAGUCGGUGGACUUGAAGUGAAAACUAUACCGAACAUUGAAUUCUGCGGACAAGAAGAGGAAAAAAGACAAAUCUAAAGUAUUGGAGGUGUUUAAGAAUGAAUCACUGGAUCGUUUACGGCCUUCAUGUGGGAAGUAUUGUACAGGGAUGAUUUUUCCUCUCUUCGGGCGAAGAAGAAUUUUAUAAUUUCCCUUUGAAGCAGUGCGUGACAAGAGUAUUGAAGCAGAAGGUUGUUGUUACGCAAGAAUAUUUCGUCUUAAGACGACGCGUACACCAAGAACUACAUGCGUUGAUAUACAAAGAACUUUGAUACUUACUGAUGUAGUCUGCUUGGCGAUAAAAUAUUGCUUUUCUUUUCGUAUCUAAAUGGUAAAGAGAUGAGAACACAAACUUCUUAUUUGGAGUUUGGUGAAACUGUUUAAGGCUUUAUCUGAGAGUGCGUGACCGUUAUUGGAGUGACAAAGGUGUCACGUAAGAGUCACGUUGAAAAGACAUUCUUGAACAUUUUGAUUGAAAUAGUUACCAAUCCACGCCAAACUGACGCGUUUAUUUAGAAAAGAUUUUGAAACAAUAAAGCGGUUUCUAUUUCCAAGUUA